AUGAUUUAUACUCAUGACAAUAGCAUUCUUUUGCUAUUGUCUUCAAUUAUAUUUAUUGUACAAUCAACAACAAUAUAUCAAAAUGAUUAUGAACCACGUGUAUUUGAUCAUAUCCCAUCGAAUUGUUAUGAUUGUUUAUCCUAUCGAGAUAUAAUAUUAACACAAUUAACAGAUGUUCCAAAAGGAUCAUUUAAAAAUUUUAAUUUAGGUUCACGUGAUACCUAUAUGAUAUUAAAUGCUCAAUUAAAAUUAAAAUUAGAUCCAUAUGCAUUUCAAUCAUUAAUUAUACAAAAACCAAAUCAUACAUUAACAAUAACAUUAGCCGCACCCAAUUCAUGGUUAAAUAUAACUGAAAAUACAUUUAAUGGUCUUGAAAUUCAUUCCUAUUCAACAUUACGUAUAAUUAUAAAAUAUUUUUAUGGUGUUACAUUUCAUAAAAAUUCUUUAUCCGGUAUUAGAAUGGAUAAAUAUUCUCAUUUAAUUAUUGAUAUAUCAUCUGUUACAGAAAUUUAUUUUGAAAAAAAUGUUAUUAAAGAAAAUGAUUUUAAUUCAUCGGUUGAAUUUCUUAUAUCACGUACAGAUACAAUACAAUUCGAUUCAAAUUCAUUUUCACAAUUAAUUAUUAAAUCACAUCAAAUAAUAUCAUUUCAUUUUGAAUUAAUUUCACAUAUUUAUUUUAAAUCCCAUUCAUUUCAAUCAUUACAAUUACAAACAUCAAGUUCAUUGAGAUUUUAUUCAAUAUUUUUAAAUCGUUUAACUAUUGAUACAUAUGCAUUUGAUAAUAUGUUAUUAGAUUCACAUUCAAUAUUUAAUUUUACUAUUCGCACAUUAGGUACAUGUUUAUGUUUUAAAUCUUAUUCAUUUAAUAAUAUACAUAGUAGAUAUAGUAGUGAAAAUAUUCUUAUUUUAUUUCAAUUUCAUACGCUUAGAGGUUUAUCAUUUUUUUCUAAUACAUUUUCAAAUUUAUCAUUAAAUAAUCUACAAAAUCAAUUAAAAAUUCUAUCAAGUAAUCCGUUAAAUGAUCCAAAUCCGAUUAUUAAUUUUGCAACCGACACAUUCUCAACAAUUCAUACUGGUUCGAUUCUUUUGAAUUUUUCAGAAGUAAUUAUUAUUAAAUUUGAAAAGAAUUCAUUAAAAACAAAUUAUUUACAUCAUAAAAUUUUUAUGAAAAGUAUAUCAUUAGUUGAUUUAUCAGCAUUAAAUUAUACUUCAAUAAAAACAAAAUUUCUUCUAUAUUUCGAUAAUAUUCAUUAUGUUAAAUGGUACAAACAUAUGAAUGAAGAAAAAAAUUUUAAUCGUCGUCAUUCAUUAAUUCAAUAUCAUUUUAAUUAUCUGACAAAUUCUUCGUGUCUUAUUUAUUCUGCUUCACGUUUCAUACCAUGGUUAUUUUCAAGUACAAAUUCAACAAUUUGCAAUUGUCCUCUUUUCUACGCAUAUAAACAUGGUCAACUUGAUGGACAAUUAAUUCCUUGUCUACAUUCAAUGUCUGGUCGUGAAACAGCUGAAAAAAUGAAUGAAUGUGAUUUUAAUCGAAUAGAAAAGAAUUGUCAUUCAACACUUCAAUCAUUAACUGAUUUAACUACAACUAAUGAAACACCUUCAAUAAUAUUUAAUUCAUUUGAAUUAGAUAAUUUAUUAAUUCGACAAUUAUAUGAUAAAAAUUAUCUUACUUGUUCAUUUAAUUAUUCAUCAUUAUCAUCAACAAUGAUUAUACGUUCACGUUUAUUUAAUAAUUUUGGUAUUGUUAUUGGAAUUAUUCUUGGUAUAUUUAUUAUCUUACUUAUACUUGUUAUGGCUUUAUUAAAUGGUUUACAAUAUAAAAUGAGAGAAUAUGAUGAGUCAUGGACAUGGAGACGAAAUAUGUCAUGGACAACAUUACGACGAACAUUAUCGCAAACAUCAUUAAGACGAUCAAGACGAGAUUUACGUACAAUAAAUAGUCAUGGUAUAACAUCGAAAUCGGAUAAUCAACUUGAUCGUUUAAGAUAUGACCAACAAGAUAUUGAUGAUCGAGAAUUAAAUUAUGAUUUUAAACAAUCUCAAUCAAUACAAGAAGAUUUAAAAAGAAUGAAUCGAAUAUAA